GCGGAGCUGCUGAGUGUAGCAGGGAAUGGGUCCAGCUCAGCUCCAGUUACUAGUCCAGUAUCUGACACAGACAUGAACUGUCCACGCUAGCUGCGGUGUACUGGUUUCCGUGGAGCACACCGUGUAGACGUAGUGUUUCUUUGUUCCGUCACAGUAGUUUAAACAUUCGGAAGAAAUGAUGCGGUUCAUGCUGCUCUUCAGCCGACAGGGGAAGCUGCGACUGCAGAAGUGGUACACAGCCACAGCGGAGCGCGACAAGAAGAAGAUGGUCAGGGAGCUGAUGCAGAUAGUUCUCGCCCGCAAACCAAAGAUGUGCAGCUUCCUAGAAUGGAGGGACCUCAAGAUUGUCUAUAAAAGGUACGCCAGCCUGUAUUUCUGUUGUGCAAUUGAAGAGCAGGACAAUGAGCUGAUCACACUGGAAGUCAUCCACCGUUUCGUAGAGCUCCUGGAUAAAUACUUUGGCAGCGUGUGUGAGCUGGACAUCAUCUUUAACUUUGAGAAGGCUUACUUCAUUCUAGAUGAGUUUCUGAUGGGAGGAGAGAUACAGGAUACGUCUAAGAAGAGCGUCCUCAAAGCCAUCGAACAAGCUGACCUGCUGCAGGAGGAGGACGAGUCACCCAGGAGUGUGUUGGAGGAGAUGGGCUUGGCGUAGUACACAGCAGGCUGAUGAGAGACUCUAGAUACUGAGGCAGAGGGCUGGAUGAGAGGGGGCGGGGCAGGAUCUGGGAUUACUCGGACUGACGGCGUUGGUUCUGUGUGUCUUUGGCUCUGGGGACUGAUGUACAGUGUCUGAGUGGGGAAGAGACUCAGUUAACAACGGAAGAUCCUUGCAUUGACAGGCCCUUUAGCUGUGUGUGUGUGUGUGUGUGUGUGUAUGUGUGUGUGAUCUGAGCGUGGGGUAGAGGAUGAGGGAUACAUUUAAACUUGUGUGUGUGACAGCGGGGGGGGGGGGGGGUGUGUUCAGAUUUUUAAAGGGGAGAGAUUUGGGGUCCAGCUUUUCGCUUUUCAGAGAGUUCCAGUGAGACUCCAUGUGGAUACUGACGUUGGAGCCACAGCGAGGCAGCUUGGCUCUGACACCGAUGAUGUAAUGCAAAGAGGGGGUUUGCCAGGUACUGAAUCUGGACUGGGACUAGGUCAGGGGUUUGGGGUGAUUAAAUAAGGUGACAUCACUUUAAUGAUAAGUCUGAUGUUAUUUCACAUAUUUUGAAUUUUCAACAAUUCUCAUGAAAAGAUCAAAACCAACAAUGUGGUAGUCCAUCUCUCUCUGACAACAACAACAACAAAACAACAGGCUACUGUAGUUUUUAUCAAAUGUUACUCAAACAGGAAGAAAUGUGCAGCUCUACUAUUUAUUCCUGACAGCAGGAUGGUGUGUUUGGGGUGCGUGUUCAUGGUAAUAAAGGAGCAUUUCACCCAGUUUUGGACAAAAAUGGAUCCCUGUUGCGCAGAUGAAGAAGACAUAUGCUUUGAUGCACACACAAUACUUAUUAGCACAGCCGUAAUUCCAAAAAAGUUGUCGUCUAAAACGUAAAUAAAACAGUAACAGUUUGAUCAUUUUAGACGUAUAUUAGAUUGAAAAUGUUCCCUCUGAUAAACUUUAUUCAUGUUAUAUAGAUCCAUUACACACAGAAUGAAACAUUUCAUGUCUUCAUUUAUUUCAUUUCUUCUAAUUAUAAUCAUUAUGGCUUACAUUUAAUGAAGACCUAAAAUUCUGUCUCUCAAAAAUUCAUAAUAUUACAAAAGACCAAUUUUAAAAAGUAUGUUUAAUAUGGAAAUGUUGGCCUCUAUUUCCAUCUAUAUGACUCAAUAUUUGGUUGGGGCUGUUUGACUUGAACUACUGGAAAUGGACUUUUCCAUCAUAUUCUAAUGUAUUGAGAUGCACCUGUAUAUAUUUACCACUGUGUUACAUCAACUCAGCACUCAAGAGUUCAGGAACUGAGGACACUAAUUGUUGAAGUUUUGAAAGUGAAGUUCUUUCUUAUUCUUACUUGAUAUAUGACAUAUAUGUAUAUUCUUUGCUUCAUAAUGCGCCAAACUUCAAUGGGGGACAGGUGUUGGUUUUUGCGCUUGCCCCUUUCUUUUUAUAUUUAAUGAAGUUUUAUGGAAUUGCAGAUGAGAAAUCCCAUUCUGUUUUAUUUACGUUUAAAACCGCGUCCUCACUUUUUAGAAUCAGGGUUACAUUAAAUGUUACAGUUGCAUUAAUUGUUGGUUUGAGUCUGCUCAUGAGAUUUGAUGACAAUCAGAAAAAAAUAUAGAAUACCCCCAGAAUGUGAAAAGUUAAAUUCUGAGUUUGUUCAGUCCUGUUUCCAUAGCGUCUGCCGUUAUUCCAUUUGGUUAUCAGCAUGUUUACGUAAAACAAAGAAUAUACACACAUUGUGCAGGUGAAAAACAACUCACUGAAGUGUGCUAUUAUCAGUGUCAGGACACACAGUAGAGCCACUUGCACACAUUGCAGUAAUAACCGCAAAAUAGUUUUAAUUAAGUUUGCUUAAAGCAAUUUGAUAAUUACAUCUUGGGUCUUAUAUUUGUAGCUCUGUCCGUUGUUUCAGUCAUCGUAACCAACAGGACUGUGGGUCAUAGCUACCACACACGACAGGUUGUAAGGAAACAGAACUCUCCUUUA